UACUGAGCCUACUCACACCCUACUGUACCUCCAUAGCUGGUCCCUAUCUCCCUAUAAGCGCCGCGAGCCACACCCUCUUGCCGCAAAACGCCAAGAAAUAGAGGGGAAAAAGGGGAAAAAGAAAGAAAAGUAUGAGAGAGGCAAUCAUUCACAGGCACACCACAGCACACGGUCACACACAAUCACAAUCCAGUCAUCACAAACCAGUUGCGCCUCUUCGCUUCUCACCCAUCCACCCACACAGUCUCUCGGCGCAGCAAAUCUCCCAGACAGGAUGGAAGGGAGGGAGGGCACACACACACGCACGCUGCAGCCUACGCCCACCGGCGCUUAUCCUGCGCUAUUCACUGUGUAUCUUCAAUCUGAUCGAUAAGGCUGAGCAACGCCUGCAUCUCGUCCGCCCCUGCAUCUGCACCUUAUCCCGUCCCGUCCCAACCCAACCCAUCCCAUCACCUAGGCGUCAAACAACGACUAUCGUCAAGUCUGCCUUCUACCCGCCCGCCUGCCUACCGCCAGCCUGCCUGUACAGACGCGGCACAUCUCCUACACCACCCACUCAGAGUGCCUCGAGACCAAUCAAAUAAGCGCCCAUUUUGCGCAGAGAGAGGGGGCGUGUGACUCUUUCCUCCCUCCCGUCCAUGCUGUGCAUGACGGAAAAGCUGAGCUGAGAGAGAGGUGAAAGAUUUGAGAGCUGAGAAAGCUGUUGCCCCCGUGACUCUUCCGAAGUGCCCAACCACCUCUUCCCGUCUUCUCCGUACGGUACGUAGGUUGGUAGGUCAUUUCUAUAGGCUACUGGCAAGAUUCUAG